UGUCAAUCAAUUAUGCUAUUUUGUGGGAUUAAGUGAUAUACUUGCUUCGGCCCCUACAACAAAUUUUAGUGUAUGGUGGCGUCAAAUUAUGCUAACAAUGUAGUCUCAAACCCUUAUUCUCCAAUUGUAUGCCUAUUGUGGAGAAUUUGGAAAUCAAGAAAUAAAGUGGUAUUUGAAAAUACCCAGCCUCAUGUCUGUUCGCUUGCUCGUCAAUUCUCGUCCCAGGUCAGUGAAGGUCUCUCCUCUUUGCCGCUUACCUCUGCUACCCCUCCUCGUGCCCCUAUGUCUACUACUCUACUCUUUGAAUGCCCUCCUCAAGACUUUCUGAAGAUCAACUUUGAUGCUGCUAUCCAAGCUUCUGGUUCCUCAUCGAAACUAGUAGUUUGUGGCUUCGACAGGCAUGUGCUUCUCGCCUUGGGUGUCCAGCAUCAGGGGAUCUCUGACCCAUAUCUUGCAGAACUCCUUGCAGCUAGGGAGGCGAUUUAUUUUUCAACUUCCAUAAGUUUGUCUCGUGUCAUCAUUGAAGACGAUGCAGAAGUGGUCAUCCAUCAACUCAACCUUGGUGUGGUAGAAGAUUCUACCGGAGGUCCUCUCAUGCGAGAUUGUCUUCUUAGUUUUGAGUCUUUCUCUCAAUGUAUAGAAUUCUGAGCGGUUCCGCGGACUACCAACUGCCAACUGGGCUGCCCAUAGAGUGGCACGUGACGUAAGGUCAUGUUGUUGUCUCGGUUAGAGUUAGCUUCUUUUGAUUUUGUAGACUGGCUUGUUAGUGGGAUGGGGAGGGAUUCUGGGUAGUGAUUAUUUCUAAUGUUUGUCUUGACAUUUCUCGGGGGGAAAAAUUUUAGUUAAACUACAAAUGGAUUAAAUAAUUUCAGCCGUAGUAGAGAAACAAGGUAAAUUACUUGUCUGAGUUGUUAAAUGCUAGGGUUGCGGGGCUAAAAUGGGUGACAACAGAUAGGACAUAACAAAAGGACGUACCUCGC